AAUCUUUUAAAAAUUUCUUUUCUAAAAGAAAACUUAGAGAGAAAGACCUUUUUGUGUUUCAAUUAGACAACUAACCAACGCACAAGAUGAUUGCUAACAUCAUUUUCAGAGAACAUUCCAUUUAUAUAAAGAGCUUUCUACAUCUUUUCCCUUUAAAGUUCAAAGACACUUUUACAGAAAAUCAUUAUUUUUUUCAACCCUAUAAAUUGAAUUCCUCUUCUCAUUAUUUAUUAACAUACAUUUUAACGUUGAGUUCAUUGAGUCUAGUUUGUUUCACGUUAUCAGUGGCUUUUGUUCUGGAUGUAAUUCCUUUAAAAAGCUUUAAAGUUUUUUAUUUUUUAACCUCAAUAAUAUUUCUUUUUCUAAUAGCAUGGCUUAUUUCUCUUACGUUUUCUAUCUUCUACAACAUAUGUUCACAUCGUCUACAUUUCGCAUCCUUUACUUUCCUUCUAUUGGUUACCUUCACUUCACUCAACAUGGAUAUAGGAAAACUAAUUCCACGGCAUAUGUUAAAUAGCCUAUUAUUACCUUAUCAUAUUUUCCCUCAUAUUUUUUCCACAUCUGCCAUUCCAUGUCUAUGCUUCAUUCCUUUAUGUCUUGAAAGAUUUUUUUUUUAUUAUUGGCAGACUGAACAACCCGUGAAAUCUUACCUUUAUUUUCAAGUCGUUAUGUACUUGUUAUAUGUUGGUUGCCUCAAGUUUCAUUGGAUGUUAAAUUUUUAUGUCACACAACACAACACUCUUAGCAAUAAUUAUCUCCAUCAAUUACUUCUGUAAUAAUUUUUUUUCUCUCAAAUUUGAGAUGGAUUUAAAAUGUUUAUUUUCUUCUCCUUUUUCUUAUAUUUUGUGUGUGUGUGCGGGGGUGGGUAGCUGCUUCGAGUCAUUUAUUCUUUUACUAUGUUUUGGAACUUACCACAUCUCCCAAUGGAUCAAACGCCUUCGUCAGCUUAUCGAGUUCCGUCAAACUAAUGUGGGUUCAACUAUUCGUCUUUAAUUCGUGUUUUAACGCAUGCAUUCAUCAAUAUACCUGCGCGAUAGAGAAACAGAUUCCUAAGCGCACUUUAAACUUAAAACACUAUAGUCGUAUUGAUACGGGAAACAUUCAUAUAGACAAUAACAUGAGAAGACAAAAAAAAUGUCACUCUAAUGCCGUAGAAGAUCUUUUGCAUUUAAUAUCACGGGCUUCAGCUUGUAUUGAGGGAGCUCAAAACACUUGUAAUGAUUCUUCCUUAAAAAAAUCUUCUCAACUGUUAAAAAAGCUACAAAAAUCUUUAACAAAUACUGACAAUUUGUACGCCGUACGACUAACACGUAAUUUGACUAUUGAAGAAUCGACAGGGGACACCUAUAAAGAUACAAAUGAAAAAUUAAAUGAUCCAUUUGAAUCCGCAUUGCUUGAAUCACAAAUGUUUGAAAUUUUCGCCUGUCAUAAAACAAAUACAUCUAACUACGAUUGGGCAUUCGAUACAUCAACGCCAUCCGAUUCCAAAGGAAAUGUAUCUAAUUCUGAUAUGUUUUCUCUUCAUGACAAAAAUGACGGGAAAAUAUCCUAUAAAAACUUUCCUCUUCAAAAUUAUCCUAUUACAAAUCGCCAUCUUUUUCGUUAUAUAGGAAAACAAUGGAAUUGGAAUGCUUUCGAGGCUUCGAAGGAUUAUCCUAAUAUUCUUGUUGAAGUCGGUUCGCUUCUUUUAGAACCAGCUAGUGUGUUUCUUCAAACAUCGUCUCAACGCAUCUGUAAUUAUAUUUAUCAUAUUCAAAGAUUAUAUUGUUGUAACCCCUUCCAUAAUGUUACACAUGGUGUCAUGGUUUUGCACAACUUUUGGUGUUUAUUAAAAAUGCUUCGUAUUGACACUUGUACUGCUUUCACACCGUUGGAUUCCGUCGCUGUGACUAUUGCUUGCUUAGGCCAUGAUGUUGGUCAUCCUGGGAGAACAAACGAAUUUCUUCGCAAUACGUUUAACAAAAUGGCAUUUUUGUAUAAUGACUGUUCCCUUUUAGAAAAUUAUCGUUGUGCAUUGGUUUUUAAAUGUUUAGAAAAUGAUGAUUGCGACAUCUUUGAACUUCUUCAUGUAGAAGAUAGGAAAAAAGCAAGAAAAAAAAUUAUUGAUUUGAUGCUAGCAACAGAUAUGGACGAACAUUUUGAGCAUUUGUCCAAGUUUUGCUUACGAAUACAAGCAGAAGAUUUCAACUUUUUAACAGACUAUAAUGAUUUAUGGCUAGUACUUCGCAUGUGUAUGAAAUGUGCUGAUCUCAGUCACGAAUUUGUUGAAUGGGAUCAACAUGUUGAUUGGGAGCUACGACUUGCGGAAGAGUUUUAUCAACAAGGAGAAGAAGAAAAAUCCCUUGGGUUGAAAAUGUCUCCUUUAUAUGAUCGCGAAUGUCAUUAUGACUUUCCGAAAUUUCGUUGUCAUUUUAUUGACUUUGUCGUUUUUCCUAUGUUAACGAAAUUACAAGAACUAAAAAAUACUGAAGAAAUCAGUGAAACUUGUAUGCCUUUGUUAUUAUCAAAUAAACUAAAGUGGAAUGAUUUACUUUUGCGUAAUGACAACAUACAAAUACCGGACUGCAUCCAACGUAUUCGUACACAUCCCUUUGUUUGUCGUCCAUUCAUUAACCACUUAUUAAUUCCUAAAGAGUGCAGUCUAGCUGCCUCCAAGUCGACAUGUAUCAACUCCAAAUCCGUACUUCUCGAUACUGUCAUGCCACCCAAUGAUAACACUUUCCCAAAGAGUUUGCUCAAAAAUUCUUACUCGUUUCCCUUAGAUGGGUAGAAGCCUGCUGAAAAAGGCAUCCUCUUAUAAUUCAUUUAUAUAUAUGGUUCAAAUGUGUCUCGUAUGACAUACCCGGUUUCCAAAUAGCGUCAAAUUCAAUUUCAGGGUAAUUCAUUUUAAUAUAUGUAUUAAAGAAUUUUUGAACAAAAUAACGAUUCUCUCUGGCAAAAAAAAAAAUUUUUCUUUCCUUCAUUCCUUGACUCAUAACCAAUAAGUUGGAAUUCACGGAGAACCAUUUAUUUAAAACACGAAAAAAAAAAAUUUACUCAUUGCUAAUUAAUUUUAAAUUAAUGUACGUAACUCGAAUUUAUGUCUGAUCCAACACUUGCUGUCUGAUCGAAUAAUUCACAUCUGAUCAAACAAUGCACACCUAAUUCCACGCAUCCAGUUUUUGUUAAAUUUUCACCAGAUUAUAACAUUAAAAGCUAUUUAUUUAACUUCUUGACCCCUUUCAGAAUUAAUUGCAAAUAAGUAUUUCUUUAUAAAAAUCAUCACCUGUCCUACAUUAAUUAUUGAACUUUUUUUGUACUUUUUGUUAAUGAUCAGCGGAACUUGUAGUAUUCUUGCACUACUAGCUCGCCCGAAAAUUGUGUUUUAAAAAAAAUUGGUUUCUUAGCAUUUAAGCAAAAGGGAAUGGAACAUGAGGAAACAACAUCAAACUAUUCCUUUUGUAGAAAAAACAUAUCUUGGCAUUUUAUGCCAUCCGCUUCAUGGAUCGCUCAUCACACAAAUGAGUCAAAUCGGCAGCCGUGCGUCAACAAAUUGAGAAGAACACUACGUUGUGUCUGUUUCAAACUGGGUCCCGUAUUUUCUAAAACCAAGAUUUCUCGACUAUUCUCUGUACACCCAGAUGCUUUAAGUUGUACGUCAUUUCAAUUCGAACAAGCUGGAAUUCGUAAAGUACGUAACCCUACGAAGGGAAGAUGUACUACAUUCAGGAAACCAAUUGCGUUACGCUUGAGUUUUUCGCCUCUAUCACGUUUAUAACUUUUAUGUUUGUUAUCAGAUAGAAUUGUGUCGUAUGGAAUUAUCUCAAUUCGAUUCUCUUUACACUGCUGAAGCAAUAAGCUUUAAACAAAAUUUUCUAUGCAUUCUAGAUUUCCAAAACGCAGCAUUUGAAAAUGUUAUCACCUUGAAUCUUUCCUUUAAUUGUCUCUCCAGAUUGACAAAAAUGAAAUGCUUGGGACGAUUAACCAAUCUGAUACUCUCAAACAAUUGUUUAAAAAAUUUAAAAUUUUUACAAGCUGUAUCGCUAGGAAAAACAAUUCAGACACUCUACAUAGAUAAUAAUUAUUUCUCUUCUUUAAAAUCCAUUGGAGAACUUGUGUUAAUGGAGUCUCUGUUACAUUUGUCCAUUCAUAACAAUCCUAUU